AUGGAGAGCACUGUGUCGGCUUCCAGUAUGCAGGACCCUUCAUCCUCACCCUUGGAAAAACAUCAGAGCUCAGCUGAUCGCAAUGGAGAUCUUGAUUCAGAAGAAGGCUCCAGUUUGGAGGAGACCGGGUUUAACUGGGGGGAGUACUUGGAAGAGACGGGAGCCAGUGCGGCCCCACAUACCUCCUUCAAACAUGUUGAGAUCAGCAUUCAGAGCAACUUCCAGCCGGGGAUGAAGCUGGAGGUGGCCAACAAGAAGAACCCGGACACGUACUGGGUGGCCACGGUCAUCACCACCUGCGGGCAGCUGCUGCUGCUGCGUUACUGUGGUUAUGGGGAGGACCGCCGGGCUGACUUCUGGUGUGAUGUGGUGAUCGCAGACCUGCACCCCGUGGGGUGGUGCACGCAGAACAACAAGACCCUCAUGCCCCCGGACGCUAUCAAAGAGAAGUAUACAGACUGGACCGAAUUUCUCAUUCGGGAUUUGACGGGUUCCCGGACGGCCCCUGCCAGCCUUCUGGAAGGUCCUCUGCGAGGGAAAGGCCCUAUAGACCUCAUUACAGUUGAUUCCUUAAUAGAGCUGCAGGACUCUGAGAACCCUUUUCAGUACUGGAUAGUUAGUGUGCUUGAGAAUGCUGGAGGAAGAUUACGCCUUCGCUAUGUGGGAUUGGAGGACACUGAAUCCUAUGACCAGUGGUUGUUUUACUUGGAUUACAGACUUCGACCAGUUGGUUGGUGUCAAGAGAAUAAAUACAGAAUGGACCCACCUUCAGAAAUCUAUCCUUUGAAGACGGACUCAGAGUGGAAACGUGCUCUGGAGAAAUCUCUUAUUGACGCUGCUAAGUUUCCUCUUCCAAUGGAAGUGUUUAAGGACCAUGCAGAUUUGAGAAGCCAUUUCUUCACAGUUGGGAUGAAGCUAGAGACCGUGAACAUGAGUCACAUUUGCCCUGCAUCCGUGACCAAGGUUUUUAACAAUCAUUUUUUUCAAGUGACUAUUGAUGACCUCAGACCAGAGCCUAGUAAACUCUCGAUGUUAUGCCAUGCGGACUCUUUGGGGAUUUUACCAGUACAGUGGUGCCUUAAAAAUGGAGUCAAUCUCACCCCUCCCAAAGGUUACUCUGGCCAGGACUUCGACUGGGCGGACUAUCACAAACAGCAUGGGACAGAGGAGGCACCUCCCUUCUGCUUCAGAAACACAUCGUUCAGUCGGGGGUUCACAAAGAACAUGAAGCUUGAAGCCGUGAACCCCAGGAACCCGGGAGAGCUCUGCGUGGCCUCCGUCAUAGCUGUGAAGGGGAGGCUGAUGUGGCUUCACCUGGAAGGCCUGCAGAGCCCGGCUCCAGAGUUCAUCGUGGACGUUGAAUCUAUGGACAUCUUCCCUGUGGGUUGGUGUGAGGCCAACUCCUACCCUCUGACUACACCACACAAGACAGCCUCACAAAAGAAGAGAAAGAUUGCAGUUGUGCAGCCAGAAAAACAAUCAGCAUCCACGGUGCCUGUUGAGAAAAUACCUCACGACCUUUGUCUGUUCCCGCACCUGGACGCCACAGGAACGGUGAACGGGAAGUACUGCUGUCCUCAGCUUUUCAUCAACCACCGGUGCUUCUCGGGCCCCUACCUCAAUAAGGGCAGGAUCGCUGAGCUGCCGCAGUCGGUGGGGCCAGGCAAGUGCGUGCUGGUCCUGAAGGAGGUUCUUAGCAUGCUCAUCAAUGCAGCUUACAAGCCUGGGAGGGUGUUACGGGAAUUACAGCUGGUGGAAGACCCACACUGGAACUUUCAGGAGGAGACGCUGAAGGCCAAGUACAGAGGCAAAACGUACCGGGCUGUGGCCAAGAUCGUCCGCACAUCCGACCAGGUAGCGGACUUCUGCCGCCGGGUCUGUGCCAAGCUCGAGUGCUGUCCAAAUUUGUUCAGUCCUAUGCUGGUUUCUGAAAACUGCCCGGAGAACUGCUCUAUCCACACCAAAACCAAAUACACUUACUAUUAUGGGAAGAGAAGGAAGAUCAGCAAGCCCCCGAUUGGGGAAAGCCGCGUUGAGAGUGGACACCCUAAACAGGCCAGACGCAGGAAGCGACGAAAAUCCAUGUUUGUGCAGAAGAAGCGGAGAUCGUCCGCUGUGGACUUGGCCACAGGCUCCGGAGAGGAGAGCGAAGAGGAGGAUGCAGACGCCGUGGACGAUGACUCUGGGAGUGAGGAGACUGGCUCCGAGAUCCGUGAUGACCAGACAGACACGUCCUCAGCCGAGGUGCCCUCCACCCGGCCCCGGAGGGCCGUGACCCUGCGGAGCAGCAUGGAGGCCGAGCGCCGGGCCCCCGUGGAGAGGACGCGCAGGGCCCGGAGGGUGCCGGCCGCCCCCCAGGCCGAAGGGGCCCCCCGGAGUCCGGCCGCCAGCCAGGAGGCAGCAGAGGAUGUGAAGCAGGAGGAGGAGGAGAGGUUGGUUCUGGAGAGCAACCCGCUGGAGUGGUCGGUGACGGAUGUGGUGAGGUUCAUCAAGCUGACGGACUGCGCGCCCCUGGCCAAGAUAUUUCAGGAGCAGGACAUCGACGGGCAGGCGCUCCUGUUGCUGACGCUCCCCACGGUGCAGGAGUGUAUGGAGCUGAAGCUGGGCCCCGCCAUCAAGCUUUGCCACCAGAUUGAGCGGGUCAAGGUGGCCUUCUACACCCAGUAUGCCAACUGA